GAAGUUGCUGCAAAGUGCUGAACACGGUUCUCUUCAGCGUCUUCACCCUCAAGAGGUGCCAUGGGUGCCUCUGUGUGUCAUGGAGAUUCCUUUUGUGGUCUUGGAGGAACGACGCAACAGAAUGAGAUGAGACCGAAAUCCUCGAGGAAAGACUUCUACGAGACCUCUGGCACCCCCAAGGUCUUUGGUGGCGCUGCUGGUGCUGACGGGGCAGAUGCGGUGCCCAGCUCUGUUCGAUUGAAGGACGGGCAACAGCACACUUCAGCUGCCACGUCGAACCUGGGCCUCAGCGUGGAGCCUGCGCGAGGCGCUCCCGACGCGGGUGCCGCUGAUUCACUGGCCGACGAUGGGGUCAUUGAGUCACUGGCCGCCAACUACUUCCUGCGGGAGGCGGCUGAGCUGCAGAGUAUCCAGCACUUCGGUGGAGGUCCUUUAGUGCGGGCCCGAAAGAGGCAUAUCUUCAAGACGGGCGCUGUGUACGAUGGGCAAUGGCUGGGCAAUGCUCGAGAUGGCUUUGGCCGACAAACCUGGCCGGACGGUGCAGAGUAUGUUGGAGAGUGGAAAAACAAUGUGGUGACGGGGAUGGGCUCCUUUGCUCAUGGUGAUGGAGAUCGAUAUGUGGGCCAGUGGAGGGACAACCUGGCCCACGGUUAUGGCACUUACGUUCACCAGAAUGGGACGGUCUAUCAAGGCCAAUUCCGCAACGACCUGCAGGAUGGCUUUGCGAUUGAGACCUGGCCCGACCAGUCGCAAUUCAUUGGGGAGUUCUCGCGUGGGAAGAAGAGUGGAAGUGGGGAGUACCGCUGGCCGGACGGAUCAAAGUAUCUGGGGCAGUGGUGCAUGAACAUGAUCGACGGUUGUGGCAUCUACACGGGUGUCGAUGGCAGGAAGUAUCGAGGUCGAUGGAUGGCCUCGACGAUGCAUGGCUGCGGGAGUUACCAAUGGGUCGAUGGCCGCUGCUACCAGGGGCAGUAUGUCAGAGACCAGAAGGACGGCUUUGGUGUUUUCACCUGGGCGGAUGGCCGCCGCUACGAAGGCUUCUGGUGCAAAGGCCGCCAGCAUGGCAUCGGUCGCUUGUGCAAUGCCCAAGGUAGCCAUCGCUUGGCCCAGUGGGACAAUGGCGAGCGGAAGACUUGGCUUGAAGAAGAGCAGAAUGACUCUGCACAGCGAUCUUUGCAUGUGACAGGGUAGCACCAGUUGCGGCAUGCGAACCACAGUCGACGGAGUUUGCAAAUCCCUGGGAGUGGGUGAAACGACCUCCUCCUCGUUUCACGAAGACUCAACAAAUGUCUUUGCUGAAUCUUCUGCGCAAACACUCCUGGUCCCACACGAGCCUUUGAACGAUCACUCUUCGA